AUGUCUGGCCCUGCAGGUCCUCCGCGCGCGAAAACAACACCUCCCGCAUUUCCCCGCGAUGCCUUGGUCGGUUCUCUCGACCAGUCUCGCGGUCCUUGGCUUCUCUGCACCCAUCUCCAAACGCUGCAAUUGCCUUGCGCUUCAUCGCGACCAUGCUUUCCCAUCUGUGUCACGCCUGCUGAGUGCUGUACCAGCGCUCGUCUGGCCAACAUAAGGCUCGGCGGGGCGACCACCACCUCUCCCACGCCCUCGCCCCCGACAUCACAGAACCACUCUUCACACACCGGACGUGGUCAAAGUAAUGCUGACAAUCUCGGAAGUGCUGAUCUCGGCCUCAUCGGCCUGGCCGUCAUGGGUCAAAACCUGAUCCUCAACAUGGCCGAUCACGGCUUCACCAUCUGCGCCUUCAACCGUACUGUCUCCAAGGUCGACCGCUUCCUCGCCAACGAGGCCAAGGGCAAGUCCAUCAUCGGCGCCCACUCCACCGAGGAGUUCGUCUCCAAGCUCAAGAAGCCGCGCCGUGUUAUGCUCCUUGUCCAGGCUGGCAAGGCCGUCGACGACUGGAUCGAGACCCUCCUGCCCCUGCUUGAGAAGGGCGACAUCAUCAUCGACGGUGGCAACUCUCACUUCCCCGACUCCAACCGGAGGACCAAGUACCUGGCCUCCAAGGGCCUGAACUUUGUCGGCUCUGGUGUCUCCGGUGGUGAGGAGGGUGCCCGCUAUGGUCCCUCUCUGAUGCCUGGUGGUCAGGAGGCCGCUUGGCCCCAUAUCAAGGACAUCUUCCAGAGCAUUGCCGCCAAGAGCGACAACGAGCCCUGCUGUGAGUGGGUUGGCGACGAGGGUGCUGGUCACUACGUCAAGAUGGUCCACAACGGUAUUGAGUACGGUGACAUGCAGCUCAUCUGCGAGGCCUACGACAUCAUGAAGCGUGGUCUGGGUAUGUCCAACAAGGAGAUGGGUGACGUCUUCACCAAGUGGAACAAGGGUGUUCUAGACUCGUUCCUGAUCGAGAUCACCCGCGACAUCAUGUACUUCAACGACGAGGACGGAAAGCCUCUGGUAGAGAAGAUCCUCGACAAGGCUGGCCAGAAGGGUACCGGCAAGUGGACUGCCGUCAACGCUCUGGACUUGGGCAUGCCCGUCACCCUGAUUGCCGAGGCUGUCCUUGCUCGCUGCCUCUCUGGCAUCAAGGAUGAGCGUACCAAGGCCUCCACCAAGCUCGAGUUCGUUGGCCGUGCCAGCACCUUCGAGGGCGACAAGGAGCAGUUCCUCCAGGACCUCGAGCAGGCUCUCUACGCUUCCAAGAUCAUCUCGUACGCCCAGGGCUUCAUGCUCAUGCAGGAGGCUGCCCGCGAGUACCAGUGGAAGCUGAACAAGCCUUCCAUUGCCCUCAUGUGGCGCGGUGGCUGCAUUAUCCGCUCCGUCUUCCUGAAGGACAUCACGGCUGCGUACCGCAAGAACCCCGACCUGGAGAACCUUCUGUUCGAUGACUUCUUCAACAAGGCCAUCCACCACGCUCAGCCCGGCUGGAGAGACGUCGUUGCCAAGUGUGCCCUCCUGGGUAUCCCGACCCCUGCUUUCUCGACUGCCCUGUCAUGGUUCGACGGCUACCGUACCAAGGAUCUGCCCGCCAACCUGCUGCAGGCUCAGCGUGACUACUUCGGUGCUCACACCUUCCGCAUCAAGCCCGAGGCCGCCAACGAGAAGUACCCCGAGGGCCAGGACAUCCACGUCAACUGGACCGGCCGCGGCGGUAACGUCUCUGCCAGCACUUACUCUGCAUAA